AUGGCUGAAGGUUUUCAAGAACCUGUCGUAGUUUCAGAUCCUUCUCAGAUUGAAGUCAAACUCUUUAACCGCUGGAGCUUCGAUGACAUUCAGGUUUCUGAUGUGUCUUUGAGUGAUUACAUUGGAGUUUCAGCAUCAAAGCAUGCGACAUAUGUUCCACAUACUGCUGGUAGAUAUUCUGUGAAAAGGUUCAGGAAGGCGCAGUGUCCCAUUGUUGAGAGGCUUACAAACACUCUCAUGAUGCACGGGAGGAACAAUGGAAAAAAGCUUAAGGAAGUUAAAAUAAUGAGGCACGCCAUGGAGAUUAUUCACUUGCUUACUGAUCAGAACCCGAUUCAGGUUAUUGUUGAUGCUGUUAUCAACAGUGGUCCUCGUGAAGAUGCAACCCGUAUUGGUUCUGCUGGAGUUGUGAGAAGACAGGCUGUGGAUAUCUCACCCCUUCGCCGUGUUAAUCAAGCUAUUUAUCUUCUAGUUACCGGAGCACGUGAAGCUGCUUUCAGAAAUAUUAAGACAAUUGCUGAGUGUCUGGCUGAUGAACUUAUUAAUGCAGCAAAAGGUUCUUCUAACAGUUAUGCGAUCAAGAAAAAAGAUGAAAUUGAAAGAGUAGCUAAGGCAAAUCGUUAA